AUGUAUGACACAAACCAAACCCAGGUGGAGCCAUCAGAGCUCCCUACAGUAUCAGCCAUAGCUCCUGAUCCAGGCACUGGGGGCCGGGGAUGGCCUGUGCUGGUAGGGGUUGUGCUGGGGGCUGUGGUCCUCUCUCUUCUCAUCGCACUUGCUGCUAAAUUCCAUGUCUGUCGCCGAUAUCGUGCCAGUUACCAGCACCGCCCAUUACCUGAGACAAGGAAUGGGAACCGCCCAGUGGUGGGUGAAGAUGAGGAUGAUGAUGGCUUCAUCGAGGACAAUUACAUCCAGCCUGGGGCUGUCGAAGUGGAGACAGAGAGAAGCAGAGACCACUUCUCUCUCUGA